AUGGCGGUGACCAUUGAUGAGAACGAUGAGACAGAUCCGGGGCCGGAGAGGAGUUUGCCGGAAGAGCCAGUUCGGCUUCUGGUUGACCGGGAAGACCACCACAUCGGCCGCUUGCAGGUCUAUAGCUAUGAUCACGUUGGUCUACUUUUCAAGAUCUGCGAGUUGCUGACUGGUCAUGGUGUUGACAUUUGUAGUGCCAUCAUCAACACAUCGGCAAAUGGUAUAGUCUACAAUGAGUUCGAGGUCCGCAUUUCGCGCCCCGCAGACACGGCGGCAGUGAUGGACUGGUGCCGCGAGUUGGAGGAGAUGUUGGAGAAGACCCGAGGCCCCGCCUUUGACAACUCUCUCGUUGCCGUCUCAAAGCGCCUCUCGGUGAACCCUGAUCUGGUCAGUGUUGUCAGCUUCGCAGAGCUUCCUGCAAACAGCGAGCGCGAGCUUCGCUACCAUUUGGUGCUGGAGGGGAUCAAUCAGGCCGGUCUGCUGACGUACACCGCGCUGGUGCUCUUCCGCUGCGGCUUCAGCAUCCUGCAUGCCACCAUCCAGACAAGCGAGGGGCAUAUCGUGGACACCUUCGACCUUUCGACGAAGUCGACGGAAGCUGAGAGUCUGCUUCGCUCCUACUUAGACGUCCCGAAUGGCGGAGCUGCUCGGGCAUCUUGCAAGGAGUCAACGCCUUUACCCUUCCACGCCAUCGAGUCGGACCCUGACAUGCAGGCCCACCUGCAAGCUCGCACAUGUUGCUAUUCUUUUUCCAUGGCGCACUGCUCGAGAGCCUGCGAAAAGAGAGCGUGUUUUGGCCACAGCUCUCUCAAGCGUUCAUACAUAGACCCUAAACCCUAA